CGUGAUAACAUCUUAAUGUAAUAUUCAUUAUUUUUAAUUUAAACUGAUUUUAAGGCUACGAUGGGAUGCACCGUAUAAAAAUAAAAGAAUAAGAUGCCAACUCUUGGAUUAUCAGUAUAAAUAUUUAAAAUAAAACAUAGAUCUAAGAAACAGAAAUACGUUGUAAAGAAUAGCCAUUAACUCCAGAAACAGUGGAAAUGUCUAGUCCACGAUAAUAAAAUAUUAUUAUUAUAAAAAAACUGAUUGCUUCAUCAAGUUUGAGUGUUGAUCAAAUGAUUAAACCAUCUUUAAAAAAAAGUUCACUUUCUACUUUAAGUAGGAGUAGAAGAUCAUGAC